AUGGAUAUUUCUGAUGAACAACUUCGAAGAUAUUCGCCCGCUCAACUUCUCAAAUAUACAUUGGAACUUCGCAAAGAUAUACGAAAAAAAGAAAAUUUGGAUGCUUAUGUAAGUUAUUUUUCGAACCCGGCAGAAAAUUAAAUUUCUUGAAAAAUCUGAAAAACGAUUUUUUCCAGAAAUCAAAGAAUAUCAGCAGGAACAGACAACUUCGAAACAGCCGCAAACAAUAUAAAUAUGUAGGAUUUUCCAAGAUUUUUAUUUUAAAUUCAAAUAUUUCAGCCUUAUUCAACAUCCUGGUUUGAUAUGCCUGAAGAAUUGCGAGAAAUGGUUAUCAAUGAAAUCGAUCCGGAAACCGUUUUUCAAUUUAAACAAUGUUCGAAAUUGUGUGCUGAAGAAGCUGGAAGAUCGAAGAAUUCUAUGUAUAAGAUCGAUAUGAAUUACAGUGAAGAAGGAACCCAUAUUUGUUUUUAUUUGACAAAUGAAAAUCGAGAUUGUCCACAUUUUCGUUAUACUUUUUCGAAUAGCGGAUGGGGCAAAUCCAAAAAGACAACAAUUUGUCACGAAAAAAUAAAAAUUGAGGAUUGGUCACAAAAUAGAUUGGAUAGAUUUAUGCGCAAUAUUGAUAAUGAUGAUGAAGAGUCAAGUGAACAUUCGUAUAUCAAUACAUUGAAAGAAGAAAAAUGGGAAAUUGAGGAGAAAGGAGAUAAGAAAAGUGUUAUUGCGAAGUAUUUGAAGAAGUUUCUCGAAGAAUAUAAAUAUUCUCUCAAAGUUUUCGAAAAUACUGUAAGUUUGAAAAAUUAAUUGUUCAAUUGUGUUUUGAAUUCGUAUUUUGCAGGAAAACUUGGACAUUAAACAUUUGAAAAAUCUUCAACAUAUCGUGUACUAUUCUAGCGAUGUUUUGGAAGACAAUUUGAUGACAUUCGAGCAAAUCUUGAAAUGCAGAGAAACAAUCAAUCUUCAAAAAACACAAUUCACAUUCGAUCAAAUUCUUCAACUCGAAGCUGAUUUUAUUGAAAUUGCAGCAAAAGAUUUGACAAAUGAACAAAUCAAAAUAUAUUUGAAAAUGUGGGAAAAUGGAGAAAUUGGAGAGAAUAUUGGAAGUAUUUCGAUUGAUAUAUUGAAUGAAUUGAAAAUCUUGGAUGAAGAAUAUUAUAUUGAUGGAUUGUUGACAGUUUUUGAUAGAGAAGACCCAGCCGAAAAAAGAUUGAGGUAAAUUUUAUUUUAUUUUUUUGAAAAUAGAAAAUGUUGAUUAUUUAGAUCGUCUUAUGAGGGCAAUUAUUUUACUCUUAAAAUCAAGGAUCCACGACAAUGUGAUAUACGUAUUUGGUUGAUUGAUGGUGGUAGCUAUUCUAGAAUUAGGUUAGAGCGCGCCCAAAUCCAUACUCCCCGUUAAAACUUUUUCGAACAUGUUUUUUUGUUGUUAACGAUUUUUUAAAUACAUUUUUGUUCUUUUUAUUCAAUUUUUUGAUUGAAAUUCGUUUUUUGAACGAUUCAAAUAUAUGUUUCUUCGAAAAUCUUGUUAGAAAAUGUUUUCUUCUCCAAAAAUCAAUUCACAAUGAGAUUUUCUUGACGUCCGGAACCGUCGCGAAAAAUUUGUUCAGCAUGCAAAAAAUUGAAACUCCGUAUCCAUAAAGCACACAAAUGUGUCGCCGCUCUGUGCAACAGAGCGAACAUUCUUCACUCCAAUUUAAAUUUCGCGACGGUUUUUUUUGUGUAAAGAAAAUCUCACCGUGAGUUAGGAUGAGUCGAAAUCCACGAAAACGACGUGGAAAAUCGGAAAAUGUUGCUGAUAAGUUGAAAAAGAAUGUGAGUUUUAGAAUUCCCGAAAAAAAUUUGAAAUAGCUUUUUUGUCAGAUGGAAAUUGAAUUUUCAAAUUUACCGCUUCUCACUCAAAUUCCAGUCAAUUUUUCUGAAUUUCAGGCUUCGUUGGGUUUAUUUGAUAUACCAUUUGAAUUGAGAGAAAUGAUAAUUCUCGAAAUGGACGCAAAAACACGUUGCAAAUUCGCGAGAUGUUCAACAGAUUGCGAAAAAGAAGUGAAACGAUCAUAUAUACGAAGAUUCGGAUGAUUUGCCGAAUUCAUUUUAUGAGAAUCCCGAUGAUUAUUUUUGUGAGAAUCAUAAGGAAAAAUGGACUAAAGUUGAAGAAGGAGAUAUGAAAACUGUUGUUUUGAGAUAUUUGACGAAUUAUUUGGACACUUAUCAUAAUUCGAUCAUACAAUUUAAAUUCAGGGUGAGAUUUUUAUAUUGUUGAAAAUUGAGAGAGUGCAGACAGGCAAAUUUUAAAUUUUAGAUAGAAUAUCUCCACAAAAUUACCGAGAACAUUUUUCAGCACGAAUUGAUAACUGUGCACGAUUUCAACGUGAAUAAUUUGAGACGACUCAGAGCGCUUGAAGUUACCCAACAGAAAGAAGAUCUUUUGACAUCGGGAUUCAUAAACUUCAACCAACUUUCGAAUAUUAAAAGUAUUUUGGCAAGUGAAACCAAUUUGACAUUCGAACAAUUAUGCGAAUAUCAAGGAGAACAAGGAUGUUUAAGAUGCAACGAUUUCGAUGAUAAAACUAUCAAAAAAUAUUUGGAAAUGAUAAAAAGUGGAGAAAAAGAUAAUCAAUUGUGGAGUUUAGUUAUUAUGACUCCGAAAAACGAAAAUUUGAACAUGGAUUAUUACACAGAAAAUUUGAAAUCUAAAGAUAGAUCUGUUCCUCCUGAAAUGGCUCAAAUGCAAGAAAUGUACCUCGAACAUCAUCAAUCACUUUUCGGCCCAAAACAUUUUGGAUUCACUUCCAAAACUAAUACAAAUUAUCGAUUUGGAGUCGCCACAUUUUCUCUUGAGAAAGACUCAAUUACUGUUAUGUCUCUUUAA